AAGCAGUAUUUGUAAACGGAAAUUCACUUGUCAAGAUGGCGACGCGCAGUGUAAGCAUGAGAUUUUUGUGCACAAUAUUUCAACCAGUAUUGACAUUGCGAUGUCAUGGCGUAAAUAUCAGAAGAUAUGUGCGUAAACGCAUUUAUGUGUCUGGUUCAAUUUCAGUGAAAGAGUCUAUAGAAAAUUCGAAACAAGUCGUGAGUCAAAACGAACAUUUAUUACAAGACAACAUUUUCAGAACCCCUAAAAAAUACAGCAUUCAUCGACCCGACAACAUCUCGGAUACAGUCUUAGCUCGGGAAAAUGUGAUAAACAAUCAUCAGCCCACCACAUCGUCUCGUUUUGGAGAAGUUGAUGGUUUGUUGUAUGAGAAAGCACAGCCUGGGGACAAGAGUUUGACGAGGUUGGUCAACAUAGCUCGAUCUAAGAAGCUUCGGGAGCAGCAGGGUAGAGUUGUCCUGGAGGGAAAGCAUCUUAUACGCAGCGCUCUGGAUGCAGGGGCCAUAGUGCAAACAGUUUAUUUCAGUUCAGUGGAUGCACUGCGGGAGCUGCCCCUGGAUAAACUCGGACAUACCAGCAUUGUGAAAGUCAGAAUGGAAGAUCCUAAAAUCUGGUCUGAUCUUGACAUCUCAAAAAACAUAAUAGCCAUAUUCAAACGGCCCGAAGCAUCCCAUUUAACAUUCUCAGAAGAAAAGUAUGGCAAGCCUGUGCCUCUGACACUGAUUUGUGACAAUGUGAGAGACCCUGGAAACCUGGCCGCAGUGUUACGCUCUGCUGCUGCUGCUGGGUGUCACAGUGUGCUGCUCACUAAAGGAUGUGUGGAUGUUUGGGAGCCCAAAGUUCUUAGGGCAGCCAUGGGUGCUCAAUUCCGUCUCCCUGUAAUCCCAAACCUAACAUGGAGUGAGAUUCCAAGUCACCUGCCCAAAACAGCAACCAUUCACGUAGCCGACAACUGCAGCACCACCUUGACUGAAGAUAACAAUACCGUAAACCCUCAACAACAGAAAAAGCAUUCUGAUUACGGUUGGGUCAGAGGACAUCAGUACCCAAGGAAGGUGAAAUGUGAGGAUGAUGAUGAUUUCUGUGGUUUUGAGGAUUAUGAUAGUGGCAAAUCCCUCGAGACGCAGUAUUAUUACAUUGACUGGGUUGCUAGGCACACAGGUCUUGUAAUUGGUGGAGAAUCACAAGGUCUGAGUCAGGAGGCUUUGCUAUUGGCCAAGAGGACUUGUGGACGGAGGUUACUGAUCCCCAUGGUAUAUGGUGUGGACAGCCUGAACUCUGCCAUGGCUGCAAGUAUUUUGCUUUUUGAAGGAAGGAAGCAGCUGUUGUCACUGGCUGAGAAGAUAAGAAGUUGACAGAGACCACAGCUUUGUGAAAAAAGAUGAUAACGCCAUGCAAUCAUUACAUAAUAUUACGUAAUAUAAACACAUCCAGUAUGUUUUUCUGUGUGUAAUAUUUAAAUAUUUGUAUGUAAAUAAGGCCUUUUAAACUGACUAGAAUUCAUUCAUUCAAAUUAUGAUAAGUUUCUAUGUUCUCAGUAUUGAAAUAAACCAUUUCAAAAUUA